AUGCCCGAGUUUCCUGAGGCAGACACGAUUCGCAUCUUGGUUGCGACAGAUAACCAUGUCGGAUACGAAGAGCGAGAUGCCAUCCGCAAAGAUGACAGCUGGCGGACAUUUGACGAGAUCAUGACGCUGGCUCGCACAGAAGAUGUCGACAUGGUGCUGCUCGCGGGCGAUCUAUUCCACGACAACAAGCCCUCUCGAAAAUCUCUUUACCAGGUCAUGCGAACUCUCCGAAAGAACUGCCUCGGCAUGAAGCCUUGUCAGCUCGAAUUCCUGUCAGACGCCGCCGAUGUCUUCGAAGGAGCCUUUCCGCAUGUCAACUACGAAGAUCCCGAUAUCAACAUCUCGAUUCCUGUCUUCUCCAUUCACGGCAACCACGACGACCCUUCUGGAGAUGGCAACUACUGUUCACUAGACUUGUUGCAGGCGGCUGGCCUUCUCAACUACUACGGCAGAGUGGCAGAGGCGGAUAACAUCGAGGCAAAGCCGAUCCUCCUACAAAAGGGCGACACGAAACUUGCCUUGUAUGGGUUGAGCAACGUUCGUGACGAGCGCAUGUUUAGAACGUUUAGAGAUCACAAGGUCAAAUGGUUUCGUCCUGGCACCCAAACAGGCGAGUGGUUCAAUCUGCUCGCCGUCCACCAAAAUCACCAUGCCCACACGGCCACAUCAUAUUUGCCAGAGAGUGUGCUUCCAGAUUGGCUCGACUUGGUAGUCUGGGGACACGAACACGAGUGCUUAAUCGACCCGUCAAAAAAUCCAGAGACGGGAUUCCAUGUCAUGCAGCCAGGAUCAUCAGUGGCAACAUCGCUAGUUCCCGGAGAAGCUGUGCAGAAGCACAUCGCCGUGGUAAGUGUCAAUGACAAAGACUUUAAAGUUGACAAGAUUCCUCUCAAAUCUGUCCGGCCGUUUGUCACGAGAGACAUCUCUCUCGCUCAAGAAAAAAGGUUCAAAGGAUUGGACAAGAAAAAGGACAAUAGACAUGAGGUCACGUUGCGGCUGAUGGAGAUUGUCGAGGAGAUGAUUGCAGAGGCAAACGCAGAUUGGGAGGCUAUUCAGACGGAUGAAGAGGUCUUGGAAGAUCGGCCAUUGCCACUUAUUCGCCUAAAAGUUGAGUACACUGCACCGGAAGGUGGCCAGUUUGAAUGUGAGAAUCCACAACGAUUUUCGAAUCGGUUUGUGGGCAAAGUGGCCAACACCAACGAUGUGGUGUAUUUUCACCGAAAAAAGGUGGUCCAGCGCAAAACAGAAGCUCUGGACCCAACAGAGUUUAUCGAAUCUCUGGGCGAUGGUUCUGAAGUGGUUAAAGUGGAAAACCUUGUCAAUCAAUUGCUUGCCAAGCAAUCCCUGAAGGUCCUCCCCCAAGGCCCUUUUGGCGAGGCGGUUAAUCAGUUUGUUUCCAAGGACGACAAGCAUGCGAUGGAACUUUUCGUGUCGGAGCACUUGUCUGGUCAGGUUAAACAAAUGCUAGGCCUUCAGGAUGACGAUGAUCUGAACAAUGCCAUGGAACUUUACAAGCAGAGAAUGGAGGAAAGGAUGGCUACUGCUGGCAGCAUGAGCAAAACGGCACAGGCUGAGAGAAAGAGAGUACUGAAGCCCAAGCCGGAUUCAUGGGACUCGGAUUUUGAUGGCAACUGGGAGGACGCUCCCGAUGCGUGGACAUAUGAAGAGGAUGAAGAUCAACCGCCGCCAGCGGCGACAAAGAAAGCCACGACACGCACGGUAAAGGCGGCCCCUGCUAAGAAGGCUCCUGCAGCCAAGAAGGCGCCAGCUCGGCGUGGUCGUAAGGCUUUUGAAGACAGCGAAGAGGAAGAGGAGCCACCGGAGGAAGACGUGAUAAUGGAAUCAGACGAAGAAGUGGCACCGCCACCGCCAAAACCAGCUACACGAACGACCAGACGUGGUCAGAAUGCGAAGAGCACGGCAGCUGCUAGCAAACCUGCGCCGGCGAGAAAGACGGCUACAAGGGGAGCUGCUGCAGCAAAGACGAAGCAGACGAAGCUCAAUUUUUCACAGGGAGCGACACAGGACAAGGCGGUUGAGAUUAGCGACGAUGAGAUUUCGGAUGAUGAUGCAUUUGAGCCUGCGCCGGUGGCAAGUAGGACGAGGAAGAGGUGA